CUGCGGUCGGCUGGUCACGUGGUGAAUGUACGCGAGAAAGCGCAACUCUUGCCUCUCGGCCCCACAGUCGGCAGCGAGGUAGCGAGAGCCAGAACCAGAAGGCGCAACCUAAGCAAGGGCCGGUCGCAACGAACACCCGUUAUUAAACACUUGCUGUAGCAAGGUCCUUACAAUCGACUUUGGUCAGCACCGCAGUAUAGGCAAAAUGUUGACAGGCGGCGCAGCUCUCAUCAAAUACCUCCUCUUUGUCUUUAACCUCGUCUUUGUGAUCACGGGCAUAGUGAUUUUGACUAUUGGUGCGGUAAUUUUAGCGGAGUAUGGCACAUACGAGGGAUUGCUGGACGGAAACUAUUAUUCCACCCCUGGGCUGCUCAUCUCGAUUGGUGUCAUCAUUUUCUUGGUUGCCUUCUUUGGCUGCUGCGGUUCCAUCAAGGAAAACUACUGCAUGGUUCUCACAUUCGCCGUUUUGAUGAUCGCAAUCUUCAUCCUGGAGGUGGCUGGUGGAAUGGCUGGUUACAUGCUGAGCAGCAAGGCCGAGCCUUUGCUGAAGAAAAAUAUGAUGGAAAUGCUGCCACAAUACAACUCGACAACUGGACCGUGGAACAGAGAAGAUUGGGAUUCUCUUCAGAAAAAUUUCAAAUGCUGUGGCGUGGAAAGUCCCGCUGACUGGAUGACUCAUACUGCACUUUUCAACGAAACUUUCAGGUACCCACUCUCUUGCUGCAGUCUUGAUGAUCCCAAAAAAUGUAGUCUCGAUGCGCCCCCUUCAAAUGCUACUGGAAUUUACAAGGAUGGUUGUCUGAUGAGUCUAGAGAAAUUCGUAUCAGACAAUGCGAUCACUAUUGGCGGCACUGGUAUUGGCAUCGCUGUGAUUCAGCUGAUUGGCGUUGUCCUGACAUGCACUUUGGCAAAGAACAUCAAGCAAGGCUAUGAAACAGUUUAAACAUUAAUCGACUGAUAGGUUCUCAAGUCCUAAAACGAUGUGCAAAUUUGCCUUUAAUUUGGGAAUAUUUACGCGUCUUGCAAAUUUGUAUUAUUUCGGAUCCCCUCUUAAUGUUCUUGCGAUUUAUCUGCAGUGAUGAAGAACUGUAGUAAAAUACUGUGAGAUAACUUUUAAGUGCUUUUCCUCUCUCAAUUUAAAAGUUGCCCUCUGAUAUGCAUUUUUGUUUGCUUUAAUUAUUUUAUAAAAUUGUCUGCUCUCAAUACUUUUGUAUUUAUAUCAUUUGUAGCAAAAGCACAUCUAUAAUAAUAAACCAACACUUAAAAAUUUGCCAUAUUAGAACGUGUGUGUUGGAGAGUAUAUAAAAAUAUCUUUGUAUUUUAGGAAAUUCAUCGAAUCAUGUGUAAGCUGAAUAAAUUGUGAAUUUGAACACAUA